AUUGUGAGAUGUUGCUUAAUUGGCAACAAAGAAAGAAGAUCAUCAUUGAUGUAGCAAGGGGGCUAACUUAUUUACAUGACGAAUGCAGGCAAACAAUAGUUCACUUGGAUAUAAAACCGCAUAACAUCCUCUUAGAUGAGAAUUUUAAUGCAAAAAUCUCUGAUUUUGGGUUAUCCAAACUAGUUGACUGUGACCAAAGCCAAGUUGUGACAACCAUGAGAGAAACUCUUGGCUAUAUGGCUCCAGAAUGGUUAAGUUCAGUAAUUACAAAAAAAGUUGAUGUCAAUAGCUUUGGAGUAGUGCUCUUGGAGAUAUUGUGUGGAAGGAGAAAUUUGGAUCACUCGCAACCAAAGGAAGCAAUGCAUUUACUUGAUCUUUUUAGUAAAAAUAUCGAGGAAGAUCGAUUGUUGGAUUUGGUUGAUAAGUAUAGUGAAGAUAUGCAAUUACAUGGAGCUGAAGUUGUAAAAAUGAUGAGGCUUGCAGCAUGGUGUUUGCAAAAUGAUUACACUAAGAGGCCUUCCAUGUCCAUGGUGGUUAAAGUCUUGGAGGGUGCUAUGAAUUUUGAAUCUGACUUAGAUUAUUUCUUCUUUAAUCCACCUUUACCAAACAUGAGAGCUGGAGUUGAUGAUCAAAAAGAGCAUGUUGUUGUUGCAACUCCUUUAUUGCCUUCAAUUCUAUCAAGACCACGGUGACUUUAACUGUACCAUGGAUGCUUCACCAAUGAGGUAAUUUUCAUACUUUUAUUAAAUUCUCUCUCCCAGUAAUUAAUAUUAAUUGUUUAAAUUUAACGGGAGCUCUCAACAUGAGUCAUUCAUGUGUUCAUUUAUUGGCAAUAGCAUGGCUUCUCUGUUGACUUUUAUUUGAAAUUGUUGCAGUGAUGUAUAAGCGUUUAUUCUGUCAGUGACACUAAAAUUUAACUUUGAGUUGUAGAUUAUUUGUUGCAUUGG